AUGGGGAGAGCCUUCCUUGACCUGUUUGGAAUGGGAAUGGCAGCCUUUAUCCGCCGCCGUGGUCGACGAGCGACUGGACCAGGCCGUGCAGCUCGUGCUCGAAGCGGACCUGAUCUAAAACAAGUGAACCUCCGCCAAGAAAUGAGGCCACCAGCACUGAAUUGUCGGGAGGAGGCAGUCAAGGCUUUGGAAUGCUGGGACAGGACAACAAGGGGGCGGGAAAAGGCCGGUGCAUUCCUCGGGUGUUUUGGUGUGCAACUGUGCGAGCUCUCAAGCUUGAAUCUCAUCCGAUACCCGCUCACAGCUGGUUAUUUGGACUCCUUAUCCGAUGAGGGGGGAGCACUUUGGAACCCUGGACUGGGCCACCGCAAGCCUGCCGGCCGAGCGAGAGCAGUGGUGUCGAGCGCCUGCGUCCUCCACAACAUGCCGAUGGUCGUUGGACAUGUCCCUCACAGAGAAGUCAGAGGUCUACUCUCUGUGCUGUGUUUGCUCUGCACAGCCCGGGCUGAAACAGUGGAGAACAACAGAGUGAUAUGGAAACAAGUCGGCGAGACUGUGUCCUUCCAGUGCAGAUCUUCUGAACAGGACCUAACGGGCAUGAGUUUGUUCCAAGGCCUCAAGAAGGAGUUCAAAGUUCUUUACUCGGCGUCCGAUAAAAACACCAUCGCUCACCAGUUCGAGGGAAGGCUCUGGCGUGAGGGGACCUUACCGAACGUGGACGUGGUCAUUUCAAACCUGACAACGAAAGACACGGGGGUGUACCGGUGGGAAUACGAGGGCUUCGAUGUCCAAAAAAGUGAACUAAAGAAGGUAGACGGCAACGGCCCGUUGCUCCUGGUGGUUACAGCUGAGAAGCAGUGCGCCAAACCAAGCAAUCUUCUGCUGGUGACACUUGUGGUUUCGGCUGCCGUGCUGUUUGGAGUCUUGGUCGUCUUCCUCCUAUGGAUCAUACCCAAGAUCAAAAAGUGGCGCGCUAAAUACGCGCCAGGGCACCGAAACACCAGCGAUGUUUACGAGGACAUGCGCGCAACGCUCCGACCUUAAAGGUGUCCCGCAGGGGCGCUCCGGCAAAAAGCACAACGACAAGCUUUGCAGCAACGCUCCACGCGUACGAGGUACACGAAAAAUAUGCAGGCCGCGCUAUGUGCUUUGUUGUUUUUACGGUUUAGUGUGAAUGACAUUGAGUGAAGAAUAAUUUUGACAGCGAUCAGAUGCCAGGAAAAGGUUGAAUUGAAAUGGUCAUUUAUUCCUAAAGUGACUCAAUUGACAAAUAAUGCUGUACUGCACUUGUACAGUGUGUGCAAAGUACAGUAAGUGAACAACCGGAAGGACAUUCCAGUUUACGAAUAAUGACUCAGUACCACUGUAAUUUAAAGACCGCCAUUUCCUUGCCGCUGCGACUUAUAACCUUGUAAUUAUUGUGAACAUUUAUGUACAUCCUAAAAAAAAGGAAAAAUGAAACCUGAGGGGAAAUGUUCUAUUAAAAAAAAAAAGAUGUAAGAUAUUUGUUGGAUCGAAUAAGUUGUGCUGUUUCUGCUCUAAUGAAGUUUCCUCCUUAUUUCACCAAAGGGGGCAGAAUAACUGUAGCAGCGCAAAUGGAUUGCUUGUAAUAAAGUCAACUUUAAAAAAAAAUGGCUCUUAAUAAAUCUCACACAUGUCAUUUCUUCCAUAAUGCCUGAAAUAAAACAAUAUUUUACAUAUGUAUUGGUUGCUAAACGGGACAGGUUUGUUUAUACACUUAUAGGGCACAACAUUACCUACACCCAUGCGCAAUUUCAUCAAAGUUCUACCUUGAAAUGUUUAGUUGUAUCAUCCAUCCAUUUUUUUACGGCGUUUGCCGAAGAGCUGGAGUAUAUCCCGGCUUUCUUUGGGUACGAAACGGGGUACACCCUUAAAUGGUAAACGGGCAAUCUCGGGGCACACGUAGAAACGCCUUUUCAUAGCUUCUACAUCUGAACUUUGCGGUUAAUUGGCGACAUUUCAAAUGGUGGCAGGAUUACCGUAAUUUCCGGCCUACAAGCCGCGACUUUUUUCACACGCUUUCAACCCUGCGGUUUAUGCGGUGAUGCGGCUAAUUUGUGCAUUUUUUCUAAGGGCCGCAAGGGUGCACUCGAGCGGAAAAGGUAAGAGUGAGAUCGGUGGAAUAUAUGUGCCGAGGAAGUGACUUUUACCGGCCCUGUUAGCGCUGCGCUAGCGUUAGUGUGUUGCUGCUGUGUUACUGGCAUGUCUCAGUGAUAUUUAUUGGUAAGUUUUAUUUUAACCGGCCCUGUUAGAUUUAGCUUUAGUGCUAGUGUGGUGUUUGCGUUAGCACUGGCAUUAGCACUAGCUAGUUAAACUCUUUCUUUGUACCGUCUUCCUUUGUAAAUGUCUCAUGUUUCAAUGUGGGCACUUGCGGCCUUUACACAGGUGCGGCAUAUGUAUGUACCAAAUAGUAUUUCCUUUACAAAUGUACUCGGUGAAGCUUGUAAACGGGUGUGCUCUGUAGGCCGGGAAUUACGGUAACCAUUUAGCAAGACUUGGAUGUGAUUGACUAUUUCACAGUCACACACCCCAGUAAGAUGGUGU